AAGAGCCAUUAUCGGACUCAGGUUCCCACACGCUUAGAUUGUCUUGCGGCUCCACGACCUCAGCGUCUUCCUGAAGUAAGUCGCUAGGGGGCGACUCUCACUCGAGCAGCGACGUGGCUUCCCAGCUCUCGAGCGCCGACCUGAUCAUAGAGAAGCCUGAAGACUUCCGCUUCCGGCCACUCGUGGCGCCUCGCUGGUGCAGGUAGGCUUCCUGCGCUGCCAGGCCGUCCCCCGUCCGCCUCUGUCUAGGGUCGCGCGGCCGCUGCCCUUUAGUCGGGAACGUUCCUCCCCUCCCCCCGCCCCAGCCCUGCGCAGACGCAGUGCUGAGCCCAUAGCUGCCGGACAGAGUGACGUGCGGAGCCGGAGUCAUGGCAGCAACGGAGGAGAGCUUGGCGACCACCGGGCCGUCUGGGAGCCCCGCAGCGCCUCCGGAGGAACAGGAUGGAGCCGGCCCGACGUCGGACCCGGAACGUAACUCCGCAGGUUCCUUUUCGAUUCCAGAGGCCUCACCGCCUGUCCCCGAACCCUCCAGCCCCCACGCCGCGGUCCCCGAGGCGAUCCCUACGCCUCCCGAGGCAGCUUCCGCAGCCCUGGAGCUGCCCGCUGGGCCCGCGCCCCUGGGCUUUGCUCCCCUGGCCGACGCCGCUCCGCGCUCGCCCCCGAGCCCUGGAUGCUCCCGACCCGGCCCCGAGACGUUCCGCCAGCGCUUCCGGCAGUUCCGAUACCAGGACGCGGCGGGCCCGCGGGAGGCGUUCCGGCAGCUGCGGGAGCUUUCCCGCCAGUGGCUGCGGCCCGACAUCCGCACCAAGGAGCAGAUCGUGGAGAUGCUGGUGCAGGAGCAGCUGCUCGCCAUCCUGCCCGAGGCAGCACGGGCCCGGCGGCGGGGCCGCCGCACCGAUGUGCGCAUCACGGGCUGAGCGGCGGAGCUGAGGGCGGCUGAGCUGAGGACGGCUGCGCCGCUCUGUGUGGCCUGGGGCCACGAUCGGAUCCGGGGCCCUGAGCCUGUCUCCCCACUCCGCGUUAAUGAAAAACGUGUUUUGGCA